CAAUUGCUUUAUGAAGCUUGCCUCCAACAUCAUUAUGAAGUUUGUUCAACUUGCUCUUUUAACUCAGCACAUUACCAACACUUGCGCUGCCUUCUGGAUUAGCGAAAACAAAGGGAACAAUUGCGUAUUGAACUCUUGCGUGUCACGCACCGUGUAUGUUAAUAACGAACUCAAGUGUGGCCUUUACUGCGGCACAGAAAGCUGCGACUUCUUCUAUUUUGAAAAUGGACUGUGCCGUGUUUAUCCUGCUGCUGCCCCUGGCACGAACUCGACUCAGUACUCGCCCCUCGGUGGCCGUGGCCGCUUCGAACGCGCACGAGGAAAGCCAGUGACGGCUUCGCUUCAAUAUAGCAACCUGUACGCAUCGAACGCCGUCGACGGCAAUAAUGCAACUAUUUACCACUCAUCGGACCUCGCUGGCUACGAGAUGCCUUGGAUUCUCAUUGAUUUGGUGAGCUGUCUGCAAGUGGAAAAAAUUCGCUUACAACCCUACGCACCAGAACCAUAUGUGGCACAACGCUUCGUUGAUGUUCAGAUUUUGGUUGGCGUUAGCGCUCCUGCCAGCGCUGGAGACUUCAGCACCUUCACGGUGGUGGUUACUCAUCAGUAG